AUGACUUUAUGUCCUUUGCCUGUUCUGGCUCCCCGUCUUCCAGGUCAGCAGGGAUCUAACUCUGGAUCGGAAAAGCCAGGAACGAAGGAGCAUACAGAGGAUGAGUGGGAAGCUGUGAGGGGUGUGGUUCAGAAACUGUACAUUCAGGAUGGGAGGAAGUUGUAUGAGACCAUGUCGAUCAUCAAGCAUAGGCAUGGGUUUUGGGCAACGUACGAUUCCUCUCCCUCUUUCUUUCUUCUUAUCAUUCUGUCUAUCUGCUUCUCCCCAUCUCUUCGAAGCACUUGGCUGAUAUAUCUUGCUGCGAGUCAUCACAGUGAGCAGAUGUACAAGAAACGCUUGAAGAAGUGGAACUUCAGAAAGCGCAUGUACCGCAAGGCAAGCAGGGCUAGGUCACAAAGUACCACGGGUUCAGAUGAGGUGUCGCGAUGUGGCCGAGAGGUGGAAAUGACGAUUUCCCCGAAGAAGUCUUACUCCCCUCCUAUCAGUACCACUAGUACUACACCUCGCAUGUUUACAUCUGCGUCGACUACUCCGUCAGCCAUGACAGAUACGACGGUGGCUCCCUCUACAUCGACCAUACUGACAAUCAGCCAGCAGCCAUCGGCCAACCUGGGCCCAUUCGCGGAACUCGAAGUCAUCCUAGGCAGCGUCUUCACAUGGAGCAUAUGCAAGCUGGAGGCGCCUUCGGUUAAGACGGACCCCAUGUCGCGCUACCUCGCGAGCCCAAACCGGCCCCCUAUGCAGGACAGCCGGACCAUGUACCGCACUUUCGAGCUGGUGUUCGACCUGUUCCGGCGCGGCAGGGGCAAAUUGGCAGGCAUGGCGGCGCGCCAAGGCUUUCACGUCCUCGAGUACGUCCUUACCGAGGACCAUCCGGACCUGGUGUGGCACAUGCUCGACACCGUCUACGACAUGGCCGGCACAGGCCACCUACAACUGCUGGCCAUGUUCCUGGACCACGCGAGCGCCAUGUCGCGUCGGCUCUUGCCCGCCCAGCACCCGCUGCAGUUCAUAUUGCGCCAGAUCCGGAGGUGCGACUAUCGCACCCACCAGGGGCGCCGGUACGUCUGCCACAUACUCCGGCAGGCUUGGCUACGCAACGUCGACAUGCUCGGGCAGGAGGUCGGAUCUCUGGCCCACAGGCACCUGUGGCUGUACGAGCAGCUGAUAUGGGAUGCGCGCACGCGGCUGCGCAGGGGAAGCGGGCUGGAAAAGAGGGCCGGCCACAUGGCUGCUGCGCUACGGAAUCUGGAAAACCAUCAUGCUGACCAGGAUGACGGCAGCGCCGAUGAUGCCGGCGAUGGCUAUGAAAAGCUCAGGAUCCAGGCGCUGGUGCUGGAAUUCACACAGAUGGACCUGGGGGACAAAGUGGCGGCCGAAGAGCUGGCGCACAAUCUGCUCCGUUCCAGCAGCGACGGCGAUGGUUCUUCAACCUCCUCCGACCAGCAACGCUCGGCGGCAAGAUUCCACGCAUAUGCACGCAAGAUGCUCGCCAGGCUCAACGAGGAGAAGUGUCAGUGGGAUGAUGCAGAGGACAAUCUGCGCCGUGCUGUGCUGAAGCGUGAGGCUGCCCACGGGACCAACAAUGAUUUGAGAGUCGUGCGCGACAUGUGGGUGCUCGCUGGUCAUUUUGAGCGGCUGGGAAGGCACGAGGAUGCUGCGCGGGUCGAGGAGGAUGCUAUUCAGCGGGCUACGCUGUAUCUCAACGAUGCAUUUCUCCAGCAUGGUGGGGAGUGA